CGCUCUCUGUGUGUGCGAGUCGGGUGGGGACCGUACUUCCAGCUCGCCGCAAGUGGGGCUCCGUAUGUGUGCACUAUGCCCCACAACCUCAUCCAAAACAAAUCGGGCUGUUAGUUGUUUUGUUUUCGUCGCGGCGUGUUUUGCUUCGCGACCGGUCAUGUGGCAUCUUAGCGUGCCACGGCGAUAGUCUACUGUUCUUGGACUAUGGAUUAGGACAAUAUUUCGUAUUUUUAUUUUUUGUUUCAUGCCAGUUUUUGAGCCAGUUUUAGAAUUAGUUUUUUUUUCUGCUUCGUUAUCGUUAUUUUCUUUUUUUGGAUUAGUACCUAUCUACGUUUCAAGAUUUACCCGCCUACUUCGUCAUCGUUUACAUCAAGAUUUAGACUAACAAAGUUUUUCGAACCGUACACAAAUAUCAUUUAAUCAAAACUUGAAUUUUAUUGUAAAUAGUAUUUUCGAGCAGAUUUAUUUUUUGAUAAAGCGUAAUAAUAUAUUUGUGUUAUGCUUUAGAGAUAAGAGCGGUCGAAAGAUUUGAAAAUAGUCACACGUGGACUGGUUGUUUUCUUUUUGAUAAGACGAAGAAAGGAUAUUUUCAUGGUUUUCAUGGACGAAUGUCGGUCGGACCUCAACAGGUGCAUAGGGGCUCCAAGACCGGGAGUGCCCUUAACACCAACAGCUCCAGAGGCUGAAGGACCUCCAGUUCAAAUGGAACCAGUAGACCUUAGUAUAAAAACACCCGUAGUUCUACAAGUUCCAAAAUUUCCUAAGAGGUUAAAAAAUCCAGCCCCUGCAGUGCAAAUUCAUCAGCCACCCGAUAUUCCUAAAUGCAAUGUGAUAAACCAACAAGAUAUCAGACUAAGUUUAUCGGACCCAAGAAGAUCUCUUACAUCAACAGCAGCCCUGUUAGCGUUUCAAAGGAUAAAGGAUACGUCUUUAUCAAUCACUAGAACCUCCCUUCUAGAAUCAUCAAUGCCUAGCAAAUCAAGUACAAUUAGUAUCAGCAAUAAAGAUUACGAAGAUACAAAAACGCCGGAAGUGACUAUCAGAAGAAGAAAGAUACAUAGAUGCGACGUUGUCGGUUGUAAUAAAGUUUAUACGAAAAGUUCACAUCUAAAGGCGCAUAAACGAACUCAUACCGGAGAAAAACCGUAUCAAUGUUCUUGGGAAGGUUGUACUUGGAAAUUCGCCAGAUCUGACGAACUGACUAGGCAUUACAGGAAGCACACAGGACAAAAGCCCUUCAGCUGCAAUUUGUGUCAGAGAUCAUUCAGCCGGUCUGAUCAUCUUUCGCUGCACAUGAAAAGGCACUAACCGAAUUUAUUUAUCGCUUUUUAGAAUAAUUUUUUUGGUGCAUGUUAAUUUUGUAGUCAGUUUGAAGAAUAGAACAGAUAUAGAAGAUAUGUUUCAGUUGUCUUAAAAUAAAUAUGAAAAAAAUCAGUUUCAAUAAUUUGAAAUUAUGUUCUUCUGCUAAACCUAAGAUCAAUUGACAUGCACCCAACAUUUUAGCAAAAUUUUUAUAUUUUUCUUAUAAAUAAUCAACAAGAAGGUAAUUUGUUUAGAAAAUAUUUGAAAGUCAUAAGAGAAUAUUACUUUUAGUGACAGAAAGCUGAAAAAAUAUGUAAGUAUAACAAAAAUGCAUUAUUUGUCCUAUUACAAUAGUACCUAUAUUUACAAAUAGGUAAUUAAUGAUAAUAUUGCAAGAAAUUCUAGAAUGUGAUUGUAUAAAUUAUGACACUUAUGAAAAAAUGUAUAAUAUUUUAAAAUGGUAAUGAUUAAAAUGACGUUAGAUUUAAUUUUUACUAGAAUUUCUUGCAAUUGUUCACAAGGAUUUUAAUAACUGACAUCAAAUUUGAA